ACUAGGGUAUGACCAGUCAAGCGGGUACACCAUGCACCAAUCAGAAGAAAGGGUUCAAGAAAUAGAACAGUGUACGAAAACGUGAUGUUGCAAUUGCAUAACAAUAAGAAUUUUGAAGACUGAUGUUGAUCAUGACAGGACAUUUCAACACAUAGAUUUGUUUUUACUUGAGGCCUACUACUUUGUAUUUAAAACAUGGGCUUCUUUAGCCAACUAUGGCUACUCUCCUGGAAAAAUAUAACCCUACGACGGAGGCAAAAGUUCCGGUUAGUGGCAGAGAUUGUCUUCCCCUUGGCAUUAUUCAUCAUUCUAGUCAUUGUGAGGACCAGGCCCAAUCUGAAGAUCCCAGUCGCCGAGUGUCAUUUCGAUGGGAAUGCUAUGCCUAGUGCCGGUGCUGUACCCUUUGUUCAGUCGUUCCUGUGUAACUUCAACAAUCCUUGCUAUGCUACAGUGACUGAGGAUGAGAAUGCAGGCACCACGGGCAGCUAUAGUCAGUCAACGCUGACCAAAGUAAUCCAAGACAUAUCCAAGGUGCUGAAAGAUAACUCCAUCAUAACUCUGAGUCAAGUUCUACAAGACUUUGAGUUUUAUUCCAGAGUUUUGGGGAACAUGCAGAAUGGGACCACUUCUGGUAAUGUGACCAUAGGAAACAUAGUGGUGAAUCCUCAGCAGAUCAUUGAUGUGUUCCAGGACAACGAGACGAGACAGGCCGUCAUUGAUCUCCUGGGAACCAGCAUUAACAUCAACCUGUUAAAUGAGACCCUAAUUAAUGACAUUUUAGAAGAUGUGGGAGUCUGUCAGAUCCCCAACCUGAACGGAACAGGCAUCAACCCGACAACGAACCUGACCCUGGCCCAGGCCCAGUUCCGAGACGUCAUCUGCGACCAGAACCAAGUCUCUCAGAUCUUCAACUUCACGUCGGACGCGGCGCGAGAUCUGGUGUCCAUCCAACUGUGUAAUCUCACCAAUCCCGAGAGUGUCGACAAUGUGGUUCUGUUGCUGGGGGCACUACAGAGGGACUUCAACUCCACCUCCCUGAUCGAUCAGUUGCAGAGAAUUGCCCUGGCUAAUGCAGGAAACCUGGGAGGAGGGAGUGGACCACUGAUAGAUGCCAGCACCCUCCCUGCCUUGCUGAAGGCCUACCAAGAUAUCCAGCAGCUGUCCAGUAUUGGUGACCUAGUUCAGCUGAUCCAGGACCUGGCACAGGACACCCAGUCCGCCGGGGGCCUUGACCUCAGUAGGGCCGUCUGUGGGCGCGGUAACUCGGUCUUUGGGAUGAGCAGUGCAGGUCUGGCCGCUGGUCUGGGGGGUAUUCUGACUGGAGGAAGCACUGGGGGAGGAAACAUUAACACGGGGAACAAUACUGCCAACAUCACUUUUGGACCUGAACGUACGAUAUGCGAUAGGAUCAAUGCUACCAUGUACAGCAACCGUGCAACACGAGUGAUUUGGAAGCAGAUCCUGCCAAUGUUGCAGGGAGAGAUUCUGUACUAUCCAGAUACCCCAGCUGUCAGACAAAUCAUCAAAGAGGCCAACCAGACAUUCCAGGAGUUUGCCAAUGUGAUCAACCUUUCUAGGAAUUUUAGCCAGGACUAUUACUUUGAGUUGUACAACUACCUCAACAACAGUGCUAACAUUGAGUUUCUCCGAACUUUGACCGGUUCCUGCCUUUGUGACUUGGCUUUUGACCAGCUGAGGAACAGUCAGAAUAUCGCGGCUAACUACAGCGCCUGCAAGUCUCUGAAUGCCUUCCUAAACAAUGGUAAUCCUACCGGCUAUGACUGGAGGAACGCCAUCAACAGUACCAGGAUGCUGGCUCUCGGUAUCGCAGAGUUUGGAGGGUGCUUCAACUUGAACAAGUUUGUGGGCUACAAGAAUGAAAGACAAAUGAUCAGUGAUGGCAUAAAAAAGAUUGAUGAAUUUAAGUUUUGGGCAGCUCUGGAGUUCCAACUGUCUGAUGAUGACCUUACUCCUCUCCCCACCCACAUCAAAUACUCCAUCAGAAUGGACACCGCCAAAAUAGACAAGACCACCAAAAUUCAGGACAAAUAUUGGCGCCCAGGACCCAGAGCAAACCCAGGCACUGACACCAAGUACAUCACGUACGGCUUUGCUUACAUCCAGGACAUGGUGGACCAUGCCAUCAUCAAUGUCCAGACCCAGAAACAGGUGGAGAUUGGGGUGGAGACCCAGCAGUUUCCCUACCCCUGCUAUACCAGGGACAGAUUUAUUUACGCUAUAUCGCGCUCCCUGCCCCUGUUUCUGGUGCUGGCCUGGGUGCUCUCUGUUGCCAUGAUCUGUAAGAGUAUUGUCUACGAGAAGGAGAAUCGUCUGAAGGAGGUGAUGAAGAUAAUGGGGCUGAGUAAUGGAGUCCACUGGGUCGCCUGGUUCAUCAACGCCUUCGUCAUGAUGUUCAUCACCAUCGUCAUCCUCACCAUCAUCAUCAAGUCUGGCAAAGUUCUGGAGCACUCCGACCCGAGUGUGAUCAUUUUCUUCUUCACUGCCUUCGCGAUCUCUACCAUCAUGCAGUGCUUCCUAUACAGUACGUUCUUCAACAAGGCCAAUCUGGCGGCGUGUGUGGCGGGCUUCCUGUACUUCAUCAUGUACCUACCCUACACACUGGCCGUACAAUGGGAGGACUUCAUGACCACAGGACUCAAAGUUCUAUCUUGUUUUUCCUCGGGGGUGGCCUUUGGGUGGGGCUGUAGUUACCUGGCCAGGUAUGAGGAGCAGGCUAUCGGCAUUCAGUGGUCCAAUAUUGCGGAGAGCCCGGUUGUAGACGAUGAUUUUAACAUGCUGUACUGUAUCCUGAUGAUGCUGCUGGAUGCUGUCAUCUAUGGAAUCUUCACCUGGUACAUUGAGGCUGUGUUCCCAGGUCAAUAUGGUAUAGCCAGAAAGUUUUACUUUCCUUUCCAAAAGUCCUACUGGUGCGGUGUGUCCAGUACCAAGGCUGAGGGCAGGGCUUACAUCAGUAACAAGCCCGAUAUAGAACUCGGAAACAAUGGAAUCCCACUGUUGCAAUUAAAUCCAGAUGCAAACUUAGAGGCUGAGCCCAAGAACAAGAAGCUGGGCGUGUCUAUCAAGAACCUGAAGAAGGUGUACAGUGAGGGCAAGAAGCUGGCCGUCGACAACCUGAGCAUCAACUUCUACGAGGGACAGAUCACCUCCUUCCUCGGCCACAACGGGGCCGGCAAGACCACCACCAUGUCAAUUUUAACAGGCCUGUUCGAGCCGACGGAUGGAACUGCCUACAUAUAUGGCUAUGAUAUCCGUUCUGAGAUGGACAACAUCAGGAAAAGUCUUGGGAUGUGUCCCCAGCAUAAUGUGUUGUUUGAUGGGCUGACUGUGGAGGAACAUCUGUGGUUCUUUGCCCGCCUGAGAGGACUUGAGAAUGACCAGGUCAAGAAAGAGAUGGAGCAGAUGAUAAAGGACGUGGGGCUGCCCCACAAACGGAAGGAGCUCUCCUCCUCCCUGUCAGGGGGUAUGAAAAGGAAGCUCUCUGUGGCCAUUGCUUUCUGUGGGAAUGCGAAGACGGUUAUUCUGGAUGAGCCAACAGCUGGAGUGGAUCCAUACGCUCGUCGUUCUAUCUGGGAGCUACUCAUCAAGCUGAAAAAAAAACGAACCAUCAUUUUGUCUACACAUCACAUGGACGAAGCUGAUGUGUUAGGAGAUAGAAUAGCCAUAAUAUCUCACGGAAAACUGUGUUGUUGUGGCUCAAGUCUCUAUCUGAAGUCCCAGUAUGGCAGUGGCUUCUAUCUGACUCUAGUACGGGGAAAAGAAGGGGAUUAUGGGAAGGAUAUGGAGUCCGAUGAUGACUUGGAUGAUGAUGAUUAUCCAGAUGAUACUUUGUCCAUAGAUUCACGACCAAGCACUGUGUCCAGUAUCCGUACUGUUCGCGCUGUUCAGGCAUCAAUCAGAGAACCAGAAGAUGAAGGCUAUGAUGAGAACUCCAAGAGUGACUCAGGGAGUGAUCCCCCCUCCAAGCCGCCAUCGCCACCACCAGAGGGAGCUAACAUGAUUCCAGGUUUCUCCAUUGAUCGACUGACUGCGUUCAUCAUGAGACACAUUAAGCAGGCUCGACUCAUCGAGGACACAAGCACUGAACUUGUGUUCCAGCUGCCUGAUGACGAGUCAGAACUCAGAAAGUUUGAGAAUCUGUUCAGUGACCUUGAAAGGAACCACAGGAACCUUGGAAUCUCCAGCUUUGGCAUUUCUGACACUAGUCUGGAAGAGGUGUUUCUGAGAGUUGCUGAACAGAACACACAGGAUGAGUUACCUGACGAAGUAAAGCGAAGCAGACUAGAAGACCUCACUGACAGUGGCCGAUUCGCCCGUCCUGUGACCAGUCUAAGCUUCAAAAGGAAAAAGAAGAAGUCCUUCCUGAAGAACCUGGUGAAGCGCGGACGAAUUGAACACGAGGAGCUUGUUAAUGAUUCAGAGUCUGUGGCCUCCGUUCCGGUCAGUGAAGCCGCCACAGAGUCGGGCUUCAGCAUGGCGGACUACAACAAGGUCAGCGGCCGCCUCCUGUUCCUCAGACAGUUCCAGGCCCUGUUCAUCAAACGAUUCCACCAUCUCAGGCGCUCCAAGAAAGGAUUCUUCUUUGAGGUCAUCAUGCCAGCUUUGUUUGUGUUGCUGGCCAUGAUAUUUGCAGAGAUUAAACCCCCAGAGGACAAACAGCCCCCGCUAGAGCUUCAGCCCUGGAGAUACAUCCCAAACAAAGGCGAACAACACCUUUAUGUCUUCUACAGCAAUGAUGGAAUUGGACAGGACUGGUCUGAUAAGAUGGUUCAGAGUCUGCUGAAGAGGCCGGGUAUUGGGAACCGUUGUAUGAACCCCAGUGUCUACUCCAUCAGUGAGUACCCCUGCACUGGGGAGAGUUCUAACUGGAUGAACUUCCGUCCCAUCCAAGCUAACACCACCAUCGAUUCGCCCAGCUGUUCCUGUGACACUGGAUUCCAAAAAUGUCCGGAAGGUGCUGGGGGCCCUGAACCUCCAAAGAAGCUGUUACCCAGCUCCGACUACCUGUACAACAUGACAGCUAGAAACGUCAGUGAUUGGUUGGUCAAAACCAUGGAGAGGUACCAGAAAAGGAGAUAUGGUGGAUUUUCCUUCGGAGAUGAGGACCCACUAGCAGCAUUUAAUGCCACCGAGUUAAAGAUAGUGAUAGAUGAACUGUUAACUGUGUUAAACAAUGGAACAGCUGUGAACUCAUUCAAUGAAACUCAGCUGAUUGAGACUAUUCAGGGAUUGGCCACUCAAAGAGUUAAUAAGGUCUGGUACAACAACAAGGGCUGGUUUGCGAUCGUGGCCUACAUGAGUGCCAUGAAUAACCUGAUCCUGCGCAGUAACCUUGACCCUUCCCUGGACCCCACUCGCUAUGGAAUCACCACCGUCAAUCACCCUAUGGAACUGACCAAAACUCAGCUGAAUGAGCAAUUACUAUACCAAGGUGCUAUUGAUGUGGUGAUCGCGAUCUGUGUCAUAUUCGCCAUGUCCUUCAUCCCUGCCAGCUUCACCAUGGUCCUGAUCGAAGAGAGGGCCUCCAGCUCCAAGCACCUGCAGUUUGUUAGUGGAGUCAACCCCUUCAUGUACUGGGUGACCAACUUCCUCUGGGACAUGAUAAACUACCUGCUGCCGUGCUUCAUCUGUAUCAUCAUUUUUGUGGCAUUUGGCAACGAUUCUUAUGUUGGUGAGAGAAACUGGCCGUGUCUGGUAUUGCUGCUCUUCUUGUAUGGGUGGUCCAUGAUUCCGGUGAUGUACCCAUUCUCCCGCCUGUUCAGUAUUCCCAGCACCUCCAUGGUGGUGCUUCAGUCAGUAAAUGUCUUCCUCGGUACCACGGCAACACUGGCCACUUACGUCAUUGAGUUCUUGCAGGAGGAUGAUGAGGAGUUGAAGAACAUCAACAAGAUCCUAAAGCAAGUGUUCCUGAUCCUGCCGCAGUAUGGCCUGGGGCGAGGGCUGAUGGACAUGGCCUUCAACCAGAGAGUGUCUGAAGCUGCUGCUCUACUGGGUGAAGAAAUUUUUACAAGCCCCUUCGAGUUUGACCAAGUUGGGAGGAACCUGUUGACCAUGUUUUUUAUUGGCAUCGUCUUUUUCACACUGAAUUUGCUAGUAGAAUACAACUUCUUCAUUAAAAGAGGGAUGUGUUUCUGGUCCCCCAAGCCGACCCACAGUUCCCUGGAUGAUGAGGAUGAGGAUGUAGCUGCGGAGAGGAAGAGGAUCAUGUCAGGGGAAGGCAAAGAUGACAUCCUGAGGCUGGAGAACCUCACAAAGGUUUAUCGGUUGUUUGGAAAGAAGGGUCGUAACACUGCAGUAGACAGACUUUGUGUUGGGGUACCCAAGGGCCAGUGUUUUGGUUUGCUGGGAGUUAACGGGGCAGGAAAGACCACAACAUUCAAAAUGCUGACAGGGGACAUCUUUGUAACUAAGGGCAAUGCCUUCCUCAACAAUAACAGCAUCUUGACAGAUAUGGUAAAGGUACGACGAGAUAUCGGAUACUGUCCUCAGUUUGAUGCUUUUGACCCUCUGUUGACUGGGAGAGAGAUCCUGAAAUUCUACGCUCGACUGAGAGGGGUGCAGGAAAAGGACAUCAAGAGAGUGUCUGACUGGGCUAUUCGGAAACUAGGACUGCUUAUAUAUGCAGACAAACUGUCGGGAAGUUACUCUGGAGGGAACAAGAGGAAGCUGUCCACUGCUAUCUCCCUGAUCGGAAAUCCACAGAUUAUAUUCCUGGAUGAGCCAACUACAGGAAUGGACCCCAGAGCUCGCCGAUUCUUGUGGAACUGUAUUAAGAACAUCAUCAAGGAGGGUCGGUCUGUUAUCCUCACCUCUCACAGCAUGGAGGAAUGUGAGGCUCUGUGUGGGCGGCUGGCCAUCAUGGUCAAUGGAACAUUCCGCUGUCUGGGCAGCAUCCAGCAUCUCAAAAAUAGAUUUGGUGAUGGCUACACCAUUAUAGUCCGAGUUGCGGGCGAGAACCCAGACAUGGCCAGUGUAGAAGAGUUCAUCACCUCCACAUUCCGUGGAGCAGAAUUACUGGAGGCUCACCACAACAUGUUACAGUACCAGCUUAAGUCACGAGCCAAACUGUCCUACAUAUUUGGACAGUUAGAGAAAGCCAAGUCCCUCCUCAACAUUGAGGAUUACUCAGUCUCCCAGACUACACUGGACCAGGUGUUUAUCAACUUUGCCAAGGACCAAACAGAUUUGUUGGAUGAUGAGCUUCCAUCUCAGCCUUCUAAAAAGAAAUCCAGUAGUUUCAAAAAAAGUGUGUACCCUAUCGGUGGGACCUCGGGUUACACUGACGUAGACAAUGACAGCAUUGCUGGCUCAAGUCUUGGAGGGUCCACCAUGGAACUUCUACAAGCACGCAAAAAUCCAAGGGGAUUCCCUGAUCCCUACAACUCGGGCUUCCUGGACGACGAGAGCCUCACCGGAAGUACCGUCGACCUGAUUCGGCCAGGUAGCGCGAGGAGCAGUGUCCGCAGUGCUAACUCUAUGGCCAAUGUACAGAUCUUCUAGGCCUGU